UCCACUCUUUCGGCCACUGCAUUUUUGUAUUCACUUUCAUGCUCUCAAUUUGGUUGGUGGGUUUCAAUCUCUGAGUUGAAAUCACGCCCAAUGCACUCUUGAUUUCCACUGAACAAACCAGGGGAAAACAAAAGGAUUAGUUUUUUCUCCAUAAUUCUUUUCGAUUCCCAAAAGUCGGUUGCUCUCCUUUUUUAAGAUUCUUUACCCAUUUGUGAAAGCAAAUUCUUGAUUCCCUCGUAAUGAUUCCGAUUUAAACGCACCCUUUUGAAAAUCAUCCAAAAAGCUUCAAUGUCUCUUGGACUCUACUCUCUGUAUUCCUCCUAUUCUCCCCCUUCCCCUUUAUUUUUAACUUCCAUCAAAACCCUUUUUCGAAAUGGACUACUUAUAAAUCAGCUUCUGAGCUGCACGCCUCACCAAAAUUAGCUCCUCACUGCCACAGCAAUGAAAACUCUGUAUCCAUCUUCACACCUUUCCAGCUCUGCCUGGUUCCUGCUUCAUAAUCCAACCACAAAGUGGACUAAGGAAGAGAACAAGAGGUUUGAGAGUGCCCUCGCUAUAUUUGAUAAGGAAACGCCUGACCGAUGGUUCAAAGUGGCCGCUAUGAUUCCUGGAAAGACCGUGGAUGAUGUGAUUAAGCAAUAUAGGGAGCUUGAAGAAGAUGUUUAUGAAAUAGAAGCUGGGAGAUUCCCAAUCCCAGGUUAUGAUCUCGCCUCUUCUUUUUCGUUUCAGUUCGUUGAUGGUCGAAGGAAAUCUUCCGUUGGUAGGGGCUCUGAUCAUGAAAGGAAGAAGGGGGUUCCUUGGACAGAGGAAGAACACAUGAAAUUUCUGAGGGGACUACUGAAGUAUGGAAAAGGGGAUUGGAGAAACAUCUCAAGAAACUUUGUGAACUCCAAGACUCCUACUCAAGUGGCAAGCCAUGCCCAAAAGUACUUCAUGAGGCAGCUUUCAGGGGGGAAAGACAAAAGAAGGCCAAGCAUCCAUGACAUCACUACUCUCAACCUCACAGACGCCACAGCAUCAGAGAAUCAGAACUUGUCUUCUUCAAUGGAUCAGCUUUCCAACCUUCCUUCACUGCAGAGGUCACCCUGCUAUCAAAAUCUUCUGUUCGAUUGGAACCAAUCGACCGAUACGGAGCUGCUCGGUUUAGGACCUAACUAUGGCGAUCCUCUCGUGUCGUUCUCAUCUGGGAUUGCUGCAAAUGGAAUAAAGAAUGACCAAGAUCGAGAACUGAGCAGUGCAUAUUAUGGAACUUACUCCACCCCUCACAAAUCCAUAUUUCAAUUUGAAUCCUCAAGACGUCAAGUUUUUGGAUGAGGAGGAUGGAUGUUGGUGUACAUUGCUGGGUUGUUUAAAACGCCAAGGCGAAUAAGGUUCAAUAGACACUCUUGAAUGGCAAUACUUUUUACUUAGUGAUGUUGUGUUUAUGAAGAUCUAAAGGUUCAUAUACCUGUUCUUGAUCAUCAAA